GAUGAAAAUAUUGCCCAGUCAGUCCGUCUGCAGAGCACAGAGAGACAUGGCGUCUGCUUUAUACUCCCAAGAUCUGACUUGUCCUAUUUGUUGGACUAUCUUCACAGAUCCAGUGAAUCUUCUCUGCGGACAUUCCUUCUGCAGAGAAUGCAUUACAGAUGUUCUGAGUUCACAGCACCGCUGUCCACAGUGUGGGACAGCUGUUCCAUCAGAAUGUCUUCCGACCAGCCAUAUACUGAAAAGCCUCGCUGAAAAGGCCAAAGAAGCGGAGAAGGUAAAGAAAGAGAAGGAGAAAGCAGAGGCGGCUGAGUUGUGCCUUGAGCAUGAAGAAAAGCUGAAACUGUUCUGCAUCACAGAUCAGCAGUUAGCUUGUAUCAUAUGCCGAGAUGGGGACAGGCAUGAAGGACACAAGUUCAAACCAAUCAAAGAAGCAGCUGCAUCUGUGAGACAGGAGUUGGAGAAGGGUAUGAAGAACCUUCGUGGUGAUAUCCUUGCUACGGAGAGUCUAGCCAAUACACAGAGCGAAGAAAUAACUAAAAACAAAGAGAAGUCUCAGCAGCUGAUGACCCAAAUCUGCAGAGAGUUUGAGGAGAUGCACCAGUUUCUGAAAAAGAGAGAAGAUGAGAUAAAGAAUGAGCUGAAACACAAAGAGGAAGAUGCUGCUGAGAAAAUGAGAGAGAGAUUAAAUGCUAUAGAAACAGCUUUGUCUGAGAGCAGACAGCUGGAGGGAAAGCUGACAUCAGUUCUGGAAAUUGAAGACUCUGCGAGACUCUUAAAGAGCUGGACUGAGUGUAACAGCAGGAUGAGUCCAGAACAUGUAUUCAAGCCCAAAGCAAAUGAUCUCCAAGUGGUGAAUAUCUCUCUCUCUUUGUGGCCUUAUGAAAGCCACCUGCAGUUCUUCAUAUGGAAUGAGAUGCUUCAGGUAAUCCAGCGUCGAGUAGAGCUGCUCUCACUCAAAAGCAACAGUACAGAUAUAACUGUGUCUGAUGAUGGGCGGAGCUUGUUUUGUACUCCCAAAAACAACCAAGCUCCAUCAGGUUACUUGUCUGGUUUAAGCCUCACCACAGGAUCAGGCCAAGGCUCAGCCUUUGGUCAGCCUGCCUUUACAGAAUCAGGCAAAGCCCAAAGCUUUGGCUCCACCACAGUAUCAGGCCGAAGCACACUCUUUGGUCAGAGUGCCUUUACAGAAUCAUUGAAAGCCCAAAGCUUUGGCUCUGGCUUUGGCUCCACCAAAGGAUCAGGCCAAAGCCCACUCUUUGGUCAGAGUGCCUUUACAGAAUCAUUGAAAGCCCAAAGCUUUGGCUCUGGCUUUGGCUCCACCAAAGGAUCAGGCCAAAGCCCACUCUUUGGUCAGAGUGCCUUUACAGAAUCAGGGAAAGCCCAAAGCUUUGGCUCUGGCUUGGCUCUGGCUUUGGCUCCACCACAGGAUCAGGCCAAAGCACACUCUUUGGUCCGAGUGCCUUUACAGAAUCAGGGAAAGCCCAAAGCUUUGGCUCUGGCUUUGGCUCCACCACAGGAUCAGGCCAAAGCACACUCUUUGGUCAGAGUGCCUUUACAGAAUGAGGGAAAGCCCAAUGCUUUGGCUCUGGCUUUGGCUCCACCACAGGAUCAGGCCAAAGCACACUCUUUGGUCAGAGUGCCUUUACAGAAUCAGGCAAAGCCCAAAGCUUUGGCUCUGGCUUUAGCUCCACCACAGGAUCAGGCCAAAGCACAGCCUUUGGUCAGAGUGCCUUUACAGAAUCAGGCAAAGCCCAAAGCUUUGGCUCUGGCUUUAGCUCCACCACAGGAUCAGGCCAAAACACAGCCUUUGACCGGGGUACCUUUACAGGAUCAGGCAAAGCCCAAAGCUUUGGCUCUGGCUUUAGCUCCACCACAGGAUCAGGCCAAAGCACAGCCUUUGGUCAGAGUGCCUUUACAGAAUCAGGCAAAGCCCAAAGCUUUGGCUCUGGCUUUAGCUCCACCACAGGAUCAGGCCAAAACACAGCCUUUGACCGGGGUACCUUUACAGGAUCAGGCAAAGCCCAAAGCUUUGGCUCUGGCUUUAGCUCCACCACAGGAUCAGGCCAAAGCACAGCCUUUGGUCAGAGUGCCUUUACAGAAUCAGGCAAAGCCCAAAGCUUUGGCUCUGGCUUUGGCUCCACCACAGGAUCAGGCCAAAACACAGCCUUUGACCGGGGUACCUUUACAGGAUCAGGUCAACCCCCAAACUUCGGCUGUGGCGUUACCUCCUCAAGCACAAAGAAACAUGUUUUCAGUGUCAAUGAGUUCACUUCAGGGCAACAUUACUGGGAAAUAG